AUGGCCGACACGCAGAACAUGAGCUCCAACCCGUCCUCCAGGACGCGCAAGGACGCAGUCUUAUCACGGCGAUACAUUGAAGGUCAGAUUGCGGAUGGAAAACACAUUAUCAUUUACGACAAUCGAGUCCUCAAGGUUGAUGCGUGGAUCAAAUUCCACCCGGGAGGGGACAAAUCGAUAAAGCAUAUGGUUGGAAGAGAUGCAACAGAUGAAAUCAAUGCAUUUCACUCGAAAGAAGCACGCCAGCGGAUGCCAUCGUUUCAAAUCGGCCGUAUUCAGGGAACGUGGUCGAACUUCCUUCCUCCCAUCCAAGGCGGAAAAUUCCGUCCUUACACUGGUGAGCCUUGCUCAAGCGAUGAGGACACCACGGACCACGAAACUUCUCGACCUCCGUCUCCCGUGUUUGAUGCGGCGGAGGCAAUCAAAGAGGCAGCAGGCGUUCGUCGGCGGAGGAAAUCGACGUCGUUAUCUGACACAUCAGUGUCUACAACGCCCGGCGAAGAGCUCGAAUCCAAACCCUUCUUUCUCGACGCACGAACCCAGGAAGAGAUUGUCAAUGAUAUGGCCAAGUAUCCGUCUCUCCACACCACAAGUCAAGAAAACAUUAAACAGAAAUAUCGCGAGUUGGACGAACGGAUCCGCGCAGAAGGCCUCUAUGAAUGCAACUAUUCCUCAUACUUGAUCGAAUGCUGUCGAUAUACCCUUCUCGGAUGCCUAUCGUACAUGUUCCUUCGUUCGGGUUGGUAUGUGACAUCCGCCUUCUUCCUAGGAUGCGUUUGGCACCAACUCGUCUUCACUGCCCAUGAUGCUGGUCAUACGGGCAUCACGCAUCGUUUCCAUGUCGACGCUGUCAUCGGUAUUAUCAUUGCCGACUAUUUAGGCGGUCUUAGUAUCGGAUGGUGGAAACGGAACCAUAAUGUCCAUCAUAUCGUGACGAACGCUCCAGAGCAUGAUCCCGAUAUCGAACACAUGCCAUUUUUCGCCAUUUCGCAUCGCUUCCUGCUGAGUCUUCGCAGCACUUACUACGAACGAGUCAUGCAGCUUGACGCUAUGGCAAAAUUCAUGCUGCAGUAUCAACACUACCUUUACUACAUUAUUCUUCUGUUCGGCCGAUUCAACCUCUAUCGCUUGAGCUGGGUGUACCUCCUUGGUGGCCAAGCCCCCAAGAAGGGCCCUGCCUGGUGGCAUCGCUGGCUCGAGCUUGGAGGGCAAGUCUUCUUCUGGUACUGGUUCGGAUACGCCGUGCUGUACCGUUCAAUUCCAGACUGGGGCAACCGGAUUGCCUUUCUCCUUGUAUCUCACAUGGUUACCGCUCCCCUGCAUCUGCAGAUUACGCUCUCCCAUUUUGCCAUGUCAACAGCCGACUUGGGAGUUCACGAAUCCUUUCCUCAGAAGCAGCUGCGCACAACCAUGGACGUGGAUUGCCCAACGUGGCUUGAUUUCUUCCACGGCGGGCUCCAAUUCCAAGCCAUUCACCAUCUUUACCCGCAGAUUCCGCGUCACAACCUGCGUCGUACGCAAAAGCUGGUGAUCGAAUUUUGUCGCGAUACUGGCAUUCCUUACACUGUUUUUACAUUUUAUGGCGGCAACAAGGAGGUCAUCGGCAGGCUUGGGGACGUCGCGAAGCAGUUACGCAUUCUUAAAGAAUGCAGAAAAUCGUAUGCUGGGCAGGGGGUUCUUUCGGACCAUCACUGA